AUUUACCAACUCUGACCUGACGCAGGAGUGGUGGCGCUGUUUGCGGUUUGAACCCAACACCCCAAAAGAAGAAAUAGAUGCUAAUCCGAGGUUAGCUCUUGGCUCGUAAACACAUAAACAAACCUGCUUGGGCGGAGCUGCAGCGGGCCUCCUCUCUGUCUGACCCAGCAGGAGCAACAUGUCAGCGGAUACGAAGAUCGCUGAGCUGCUCACUGAGCUCCACCAGCUCAUCAAACAGACUCAGGAGGAGAGGUCACGCAGCGAACACAAUCUGCUGAACAUCCAGAAGACCCACGAGAGGAUGCAGACGGAGAACAAGACGUCUCCAUACUACCGCACCAAGCUGAGGGGCCUGUACACCACAGCGAAGGCCGAUGCAGAGGCUGAGUGCAGCAUCCUGCGCCACGCUCUGGAUAAGAUCGCUGAGAUCAAGUCUCUGCUGGAGGAGCGGCGGAUCGCUGCUAAGAUGGCUGGAGUUUACAGCGACAGCGACCCCCCCAGGAAGACCAUGAGGCGCGGCGUCCUGAUGACGCUGCUGCAGCAGUCGGCCAUGACGCUCCCGCUGUGGAUUGGCAAACCUGGAGAGAGCCCUCCUCCUCUGUGCGGCGCGAUCCCGGCCAGCAGUGACUACGUGGCCAAGCAGGGCGACAAGGUGGCGGCGCGGGUGAAGGCCGUGGAUGGAGACGAGCAGUGGAUCCUGGCCGAGGUGGUCAGCUACAACCACUCCACCAACAAGUAUGAAGUGGACGACAUCGAUGAAGAAGGAAAAGACAGGAGGCACACGCUGAGCCGCCGGAGGAUCAUCCCUCUGCCUCAGUGGAAGGCCAACCCGGAGACCGACCCGGAGGCGCUGUUCAGCAAGGACCAGCUGGUUCUGGCCCUCUACCCGCAGACCACCUGCUUCUACCGAGCCCUGAUCCACACGCCGCCGCACAGGCCGCAGGACGACUACUCGGUUCUGUUCGAGGACACGUCGUACGCCGACGGAUACUCCCCGCCGCUCAACGUGGCGCAGCGCUACGUGGUGGCCUGUAAGGAGAACAAGAAGAAGUGAGGCUGCAGGCGACCGAACAAACUCAACGUUUCCAUGGAGCAUCACCUGCUGGCCAGUGCAGGAACUGCAGGGCGGAGAGUCGCUUUUAUUUACAUGUAAAUUGUUGCACAAAGUGUCCUGAUGAAACUCUGUUCUCAUGUCUGCAUUGAAGCUUUCUGAUGUUUUCAUAUUAAUCAUUUUAAAUAAAUAACUUCAUCAGGUUUCUGACAUGGAGGUCGUCUCUACAGAAGCUGCUUCUUAUGUUUCUAAUUUGUUUUUAUCUUAAUAUUUUCUAUGAUUAACUUUUGUACAUAAUACCAACAGGAAAAGAUUCUGAAUAAACUAAUUAUUUUAGUGAUUC